AUGACAGCCUCCUCUCCUUCCACUUCCUCCAACAAUUUGGAUCAAAGCAGCUCCAUCGAAACGACCAUCAGUCAAUUGAUUGUUGCGUAUGAAGUUUUGGUUCAUUCGCAUUCUAUUGUUGCUGUAGAAUCGAGCAUUAAAGGUGAUAUUGUAGACAAAUAUAGACAGAUUCAAGAAUGGAAAACAAAGGAAGAACACAUCAAUUUCCAAACCAAUUUGGAAUCAGUCAAAACUGUUCUCAUUCGUCUCUCUAAAGAUAAAAACAACUUGUUGAAGAUUUUAGAUUCCAUGGCAGAUAUCAUGUCCAAUUAUUCAUUGUUGAAAGAUAUUAAUAGUAAGAAGAAAAUUAUUAUUCCUGAAAGAAAGGAAAAUGAUUACAUUGAUAAUGUCAUUAUGAGGCAUAUGCAAUUGUGUAUGCAAUCGUUUAGACAUCACAAUGAUUUGAACCCAUCCUCAAAAGUCUACAUUCCAGAUAAAAUUCAAAAGAUUUGCUACGACAGAAUUUACAAUGACAUUUUCGUUGAAGACUGUGGAAAGCUUCUCGGUGAAAUUUCGAGCUUCCAAUUAGACAGUGUCUUACAAAUCUUGUUGACAAGCUUUGAAAAAGUUGGCAAAUCACAAACUGAAGCCAAAAACUUUUUACCAUUACAAAAGCUUACCAAAUAUCUCGAUUUUUGCUUUGCCGACGAGGAACGUACAGAAGGUACUCUGAAAUAUCUCGAUGCCAUUCGUCAAAAGCUUCCAAAUUUGAAAAAAGGCAAGAAGGAAUUAAUGCCAUUCAUUUGUGAAACUCUUAUUCACAUUUAUGAACAAACCUUAACUGGUGUGUUCAUGCAUGAUGAAGAAUUCAAAUUACUUGAUAACGUUGAACAUUGGGAGAAGCGUAAAAAGCAAUUUAAACAAUUCUCGUCAAACAAUGAAGCAAAUAAUCGCUUUUGGCUAUUCUUCCAAGAGAUUUAUGACAACUUAUCAAAAUUGGCCCAAAAGAAAGAAGCUGAAACCAUUGAUUUAGUUACAUGCAUGGCCAUGAUGACAUGUCGUGCUAAGGAAGAUUUAUAUCUUCAAUAUUUCCCUGAACUUAUCAAAUAUUUCCAAGAUGGACUCAAAGAUAAGAAGGAAAGAUUUGCAUUCUUCAAAUCUAUCAAACUAUUUGUAACUUAUUUACCUAGUGAUUACAUCACCAAAGAUUUGGAAAGAUUCAGUUCGUUUGUGAAAUUUGUUUCUGACCAAAUUUUCCACAAGAAAGUCAUUUUAAAUGAAUUCAGACAAGAUGCAGAGACCUUCUUGGUUGAAUAUGCCAAGAAACAACUUCACAGAACUUGGCCAAAACUCAUGGAUGAAAUUCUCAAAGCAGAGAACAUGAAAAUUCACACCAAUGAACAUCGAGCUGUUGCUCUUUCAUCCAUUUCACGAGUUGCUCGAUUAUUCCCUGAUGAAAUUGGAAAACAAAACUAUGUAUUGGGAGUUCUUUGUACAUCAAUCUUUACAGAUGAAAAGAUGAGACAAGAUGUUUCAUUGUUGAGAAAUGUGUUAAAAUGCUUCCCAAGAGUUAGAAACACAUCAGAAGAGAAGAUGAAAGAGAUUAGAAAUAUUAUUGGGGCUCAUUGUUUAUUACAUCCAGAUAGAUUUGUUUCAAGAAAUGCCUCAGAAGCUCUUGUCACAUCUGUUGAAAUGGAACCAGGAAAGACCUUUGUAGAUGUUGUUGAAAAGUAUCGAGAAGUCCUCGUGAAAGUGAAUGAAAUUACAGCUGAAAAUGCAUUAAGACUUUUGAAAGAUUUAUAUCUCAUACUCGAAACUUUUAUUCACAAAGUUCAAGAGUCAGAAAAACUCAUUCUCGGUCUCGAUGUUCAAGAAUAUAACUCUGUAAGAAAGAAGCUUGAAGGAAUGUGUCUUUUGUACAUUAUUCACACUGCUCCUCAAGUCAGAAAUCAAGCUGUCAAAGUGUUAAAGCAAUUAUCUAGACCUGAAUUGAAAGCAAUUACAAAGGAAGUGGCCUCUGCAAAUACCUAUCUUUUAGAUGACUCGAUUUUAGUGUUACCAAGCAACCAUACAAACGCCAAUCCAGAUUACAUGCCAUGCAUUGAAGAAAUGUGUAAACAUCAUGUCGAUGAUGCCAUCACAAAAGCUUGGGAUGAACUUGUCAAACGCUGGAGUUAUGGAAUUGCUGACUUGGACCUCAAACGUAUUGAAUUGUUGGCCAAUUAUUUGAAAUUCCUUUGCUUGUCGAUUAGACCAUUUUUGAGUGGAAAAGCAGAGUCAUUCUUGUUGGAAUUGGUUCAAUUACUGACCAAACAAAACUCUCUGUAUCGUAAUCAUGACAAGAUUAAGACUGCUGUGUUAAAUGCUCUUGAAUGUUUACAUCCAUCAAGUUUGUACAUGUUGUUAACACAGAUUAGAUUGGUAGAAGUACAAAGAACUUUCAUUAAGAAGGAAAACAAGAUUGAAAGCAGCGAUCCUCUCUAUGAACAACAUAUCAUUUCACUCUUGAAGAGAAUUAUUACCAAAACCAUCAGUCAUGUGUCACCAACAGAAUUCUUGUUUGUGAAACAAGGAAUUUCUGUGAGAGAUUUCUUUGAUGAACUUAUUUCUAAUUGGACUUGUAAAGAUCGAAUUGAUGUAAAGGACAUUCCCGGUUCUUUCCUCACCAUUGAAACAUGGAAAGAUGCUGUUGAAAUUAUUGCCACUUAUUUGAAACAUUUGAAUGCCAUUAGCAAGCAAACAGCUCUUGAAAAGAGUACGGAAAUUGCUGAACAAGCAUGUGUUCACAGUCACAUGUUCAAGAAACACAAUGUUCACACAGCACUUGUUAAAAUUUUCAAUUUCCUGCAUUUCAGCCUCUCAGCAUUACCGUUCAAGAAGCUGCCAAUGCUGUUCAAUAUUUGUGUGCCUUUGGAGUCAUUGAAGAUGAAAAGUUCAUUAAUGACAUUCGCUUUGAAAGAUGAUUUGGAAAGCACAGAAGACGAUGACAGUAGUCGACUUAGAAAAACUCAACUCAAAGGAUCUAAAAAAGAAGUGGAAGGUCUUAUCGAAAAAGAAAUUCAAGAACGUGAAUUUGAAAGACAAAAAUUCAAAUCCAGCAUUCCACACAUUUGUAAGAGUUACUUGUCAGCCAUUGUAAAGGUCAUGGAAGAUCGUUUAGAUCACUGGAUUCAAGAGCAAUUUGUCACAUUGGGCGGAAUGUUCUAUCUCUCACUCAUUCACUCGUGUACCAGAGGAAACAUUUCAUUGCGUGACAAGGCACAUGAAUUAAUUAAUAUUAUCAUCAAAUCAGAUGCUGCUGAUGGAACGAUCAAUUAUGGAACUACCUAUCACGGAACAAGUAUUGGAGAUGAAAGUGUCUUUAAAAAGACCUUGUAUGAUUUUUCAGAAUUUGUUUCCAAGAGCGCUCCUCAAAUUACGUUUGAUUUGUUUGCGGAGGCUGACAAAACUGUGGAUUUAUUGGAUGGAGUCAAUAAGGAGAAUACUCUUCGUUUGUUGAUUCCAUGGGCAUACAACUUUGGAGGUUAUGUGAAAACAUGUAUGGACAAUGGAAUUGGUGACGGUAACUACAAGAUGAAAGAUUUCAAAUCUCAAACCUUAUUGAAACACGUGUACUCUCUCACUGAGAAACUGCAUGGAGGAGAAGAUUUACUUGUGGACGAUUCACCCAAGACCACCAAUCUCAACAAACACUAUCUCGAAAAGAUUUGGUACAACUUGAUCAAAUCUUCCGAACAAUGCAAAUGGGUCAUUCCUGAGACUGUCAAAUUCAUUGUUGAGAAUUAUGAUUUUGUCUUUUCACAAUCGAAGGAUAGUACCAAUCAACCCAUCAAUGCCACUCAUACCUUAUUGCGAGCUGUCUUGUAUUACAAGGCGAAAUUCCCAGAAGGCAAGAAAGAAAUUGCUCAAUUUAUUGUUGACAGAGGACUUGAGUCUCCAUCGAAUGCUGAAAUUUCCAACUUGGAAUUGAGUGCCUUGCAAUUAUUGGUCGAUAUUACCUAUGAACAUGAUCUUGCUCUCAUUCCACACUUGCCAAAACUCUUCAUGAAUUGCAUGGUUCUUUUCAAUUCAUGUCAAAGCACACGACCAUACACUGAAGCGAAACUUAUUCUUGAAAAUAUUUGUCAAUCUCUCGCCAUUAGACAUCGAGAUCAAAAUACUUCAACAACGAACUAUGUUGAAAAGGUAUUCCAAUUCCUAGUUGAGAAUUUGAGAAAGAGUAAUGCACCAAAAUUAACACGUGUGCGAUCUUUCAUCACACAAUGGACUGAAUAUGUUUCCAAGAAGCAUCGUCCUGAUCUUGCUGAAGCAAUUUCUGAAAUGGCACUCAAUUGGGCUCUCCAAUCCAAAGACAACAAGAUUUCCCUAGAAUCUUACUAUAUCUUUGAAGCACUCAACAAGAACUUUGCCUAUGAUGUGAUUGAGAAACUCGUUGCUGGAUUUUUCGAUGCUGUCCGUGUGAGAGAUGAUGCCAAGAUUUCAAUCAUUAUGGAUAUCUUCUUCAACAUUCCAUCCGAUAAGUUGGCUCCUCCAAAAGUUUCCAAACUCUUAUUCCAAGUUGUUUUCUGGCUCUUCUUCUCAUGGAAUAGAGCGCACUUUGCAAGAGGUCUCAAAUACAUGCUCAAAUUGCAAUCUCUUUCUCAAAGUGACAACAUUGAUGAAUCAGUUUUGAAUUCAUCCAUGUACAACGUAUGGAAGGGAUAUACUGGUGAAGAGACUGUGGAUGUGAGUGUGUCACGUGUCAUUUACAAGGGAAUUUUCGAUCAAGAAACGUUUGCAGAUACAUUUGAAUUGUAUAACAAUUUGAUCUACCGAUUUGAUACAUUCCUUCCAAAGGGUUCUAACAUGCUUGUUGCUACAACCUUACUCAUUCAAGCAGUUCUCUUCCUUUCUGGAGAUUUCUCAAAGAAACCACAACUCAACAAGUUGUUUGAAAAGUAUGGAAAUGAAUUGACUGAAUUCAAGACUGCCUUUACCACGUAUGAGCAAGCAUUCAAUCAAGUUCAAUCAACAUUGGUCACCAAUGAAGAAUUGGUUUGUGACAUGGUUGAACAUAACAAGGCAACCACACAAUUCUCUCAACAUUUCUCAACUGCAUUCCAAAAGGUCUUCUCCAACAAGAAUGGAAACUUUGUGGCUUGGGCUCUUAUUUCCUUGCCAAAGAAUGCAAAUAUCAACAAUUGGGCUUUGGCUUCCAUCUUACUUCUCAGCAAGUUAUUGCCAGUUAUUUUCCAACCAGGUCUUUGGUCCAUUGCUGAGAUGACCAACAUUUCAAAGGUGGUUAUGGAAUGCAUGCCAGACAAUAGAGCCAUUUCACAUUUCAAAAAUUCUCUCUUCCAAUCAUGUGCCAGAGAUAUUAUGGAAUUUAUUUCAUUCCAUGCUCAUGAAAAGCAACAAGUCUACACCAAGAAGGAAGCAGAGACUGUGUUCCCAUUCUUGAAUCCAACACGUGGUUUCAUGAAAGCCGUUCGAUCUGAACGACCAAGUGACAAGGAAGCAUUCGUAGGAACCAAUGAACUUGAAAGAAAUAUUGCUCGUACUGAAAUUAUUUGUAGAAUGUGGUAUCAAUCAUUUAGCUUACAAAUUGAUCCAAAUGUCAACAAAGACGAGGCUACACUUUUGAAUACUAUCAUUGAUUUCAAAUCUCAGGAAUCUACAGAACCUGUUGCUCCAAGUACUCCUGUGGUUGCAAAUUAUUCCAAGGUUAUUUCUCAAAGAAGAAAUCCACAAGAGGAAUCUCCUUUGACGACUCCUCAAUUGGAUGCACAACAGGUUGAUGAUCAUGGUGAUCUCAACGGUGAUGACGACGAGCCUGAAGAUAUCAUGAUACCUCCACCACCAGAGAGUGACAGCGAGGACGAUGAGGAAACGGUUGAAUCUCAUGAAUCUGUUCAAUAA